AUGGUAUUCAGCACGUCUCGGCGGCUUCUGACCCGCCAUGGCUCUUGUACCUUGUACCUCAUGCGAUUCAACAUGGGCAGGUACAAGUCAAUGCGUCCACUCCGGCAACGAGCCACACCUCUGAUUCCUACUACGAUUCGAAUCAUCGCCGUCGUGUCGUUGCAGACACUUGCCACUGGCAGCAACGUGAAUGACACGCAUACCGGCACAUGGCUGCAGUCCGAUACAUGCCACUUCUUCAUCCUUUCGUGGUUUCCACGAUUGUUUCGUCAUCAAUACGUGCGCACGUAG